AUGUCACGCCUUCUCAAUCUGCCCAGCGAACUGCUCGCUCGCACAUUUUUUAAUGUGGAUCGUUCAUCAUUAAAGUCGCUGCGCCAAUCCUGCCGUUUCAUAUCACAGCUGGCCACCGAUCAGCUCUUCAGGACCGUGCACCUGCAGCCCAGCGAGACAAGCCAAAAUGCGUUACAAGAGAUUUUGAACAAUCCCAGUCUACGUCGGAUUCUGCGAAAGAUCUACAUAGACACCGUGGACGAGAGUCUUAAUUAUGAUGAUGAAGAAGAGCAAAAAUGGCCCCAAGGCUGGGACAAUCUUGUUCCGCAAGUGAAAGAAUUGCCUCGGCUGAACGCCGCCGUUCUGUGCUUCGAUAAGGGGUUUACUUCAGACAGCAAGGAUCGGGAUGACCUCCAUUAUAUGGACUUCCCGCAGACGCCUCAAUUUCGCUUCCACGCAAUGCAUAAGCUCUUCUCUCUUCUCGAAUCCUUACGGCACCCAAUCCAAGAUCUUGGUAUUCGCAACCUGCAAACGGAUAACCCCAAAGAUCCGAAAACACUUGCGAAAAUGGGGAAGGUCCUGUCGGGCCUACUGUCCCUUCGCCUAAGCAUUACCAGCGAGACAAAUGACGCCGCUCCUGAGCAUGAUCUCGAGUAUCCGGAAAUCCGCAAGUUUUUCAAGGAGUUGCCCAGCACAUGGCUGAGUCCCGCUGCGCCUUCUCUCCAACAUCUCUCGCUCUGCUCGCGUGAAUACUCGGGCUUUUACCCUCACCUGGAUCUCUCCAAUCUGUUCUUUCCACGCCUGAAGACGCUAUCACUUGGAAACUUCUGUUUCUUCCAUGAUGGCCAAAUCGACUGGAUUCUGAAGCAUGGCGACACCCUCGAGGAAAUCUACUUCGAUGACUGCGCCGUCCUCUACGACUUUUGUAUGAGGGAAGAGAAUGUGGACGCCUGUGCUCUACCUAGGGACACUUUGGUGCGCCGCGAGGGCGAUGAGUCUUUGUAUGGUUCGUUCGAGAAGCGAUGGCACCAUAUUUUCGAUCUAUUUGCAGAGAAACUGCCAAAACUGCGACACUUUCGAAUCGGCCGUAGUAAUUGGUACCCGGAUAUUCCAUUUGAGCAGGAGAGGGAUAUCAAGGUCGGGCUGUAUUACAAUCGGUACAUGUGCUGCUAUGAUGGAUAUGGCCCUUCGCCUUAUAUGGAAGGUGAGGAUCCCAACGAACUCGCAAACCUUGAGAAUGCGUGGAGACCGUCACCAGAAUGUGACGAUGAGGAUCGCGCGGCACUGCGGAAACUAUUGGCAAAGCUUGGGCAAUCGGUCCAGGAAAGUUAUUCGGAUAGACACUCUGGUGGUCGUAUAGUAGAUCUUGUUCAGAGGAGAUACGGAUCCGCAGAGUGA